AAAUCAUUUCUUCGUUCUUUUACAGCACUACCUCAUCUGGCAGGGACAGAACAAAAUUUACUACUUGCCAAGAAAAUCCAAACCCAGUGGAAGGAGUUUGGACUGGAUUCAGCCGAUUUGGUUCAUUAUGAUGUUCUCCUUUCUUAUCCUAACAUGACGAAUGCCAACUAUAUAUCAGUCAUGGAUGAGCAUGGAAUUGAGAUUUUCAAAACAUCAUACCUUGAGCCACCACCAGAUGGAUAUGAGAAUGUUACCAAUAUUGUGCCGCCGUAUAACGCUUUCUCACCCCAAGGUGUGCCAGAGGGAGAGCUUGUAUAUGUGAACUAUGCUCGUACUGAAGAUUUUUUCAAGCUAGAAAGGGAGAUGAACAUCAGCUGUACUGGAAAGAUUGUUAUUGCAAGAUACGGGAAAAUCUUCAGAGGAAAUAAAGUUAAAAAUGCCAUGCUAGCAGGAGCCAUCGGAAUCAUCUUGUACUCAGAUCCAGCUGACUACUCUGCCCCUGGGGUGCAGCCAUAUCCCAAAGGCUGGAACCUUCCUGGAACAACAGCCCAGAGAGGGAAUGUGCUAAAUUUGAAUGGUGCUGGUGACCCACUCACUCCAGGCUAUCCAGCUAAAGAGUAUACCUUUAGACUUGAUGUUGAAGAUGGAGUGGGAAUCCCCCAGAUCCCUGUUCAUCCCAUUGGAUAUAAUGAUGCAGAAGUAUUACUACGCUACCUGGGAGGCGCUGCUCCACCAGAUGCGAGCUGGAAGGGAAGCCUUGAUGUGGAUUACAAUAUCGGACCUGGCUUUACAGGGCAUGGUUCUUUCAGGAAGGUUAAAAUGCAUGUUCAUAACAUCAAUAAAAUCACAAGAAUUUACGAUGUAAUUGGAACUAUCCGAGGAUCUGUGGAACCUGACAGGUACGUGAUUCUGGGAGGUCAUCGGGACGCCUGGGUAUUUGGAGGUAUUGACCCAACCAGUGGGGCUGCAGGUUUGCAAGAAGUUGUCCAGAGUUUUGGAAAGCUGAUGAGUAGAGGCUGGAGACCUAGGAGAACUAUCAUUUUUGCCAGCUGGGAUGCAGAAGAAUUUGGACUUCUGGGUUCCACAGAAUGGGCUGAGGAGAAUGUGAAAACACUUCAGGAGAGAGGGGUUGCCUAUAUCAACGCAGAUUCAUCCAUAGAAGGCAAUUAUACUCUCAGAGUUGACUGUACACCUCUUCUUUUCCAGUUGGUGUAUAAGCUGACAAAAGAGAUCUCCAGCCCCGAUGAUGGUUUUGAGGGUAAAUCACUUUAUGAAAGCUGGUUGGAAAAGGACCCUUCACCGGAAAAUAAAACUUUGCCCAGAAUCAGCAAGCUGGGAUCCGGAAGUGAUUUUGAAGCUUAUUUUCAGAGGCUUGGAAUUGCUUCAGGCAGAGCCCGUUACACUAAGAACAGGAAAACAGACACUUAUAGCAGCUAUCCGAUGUACCAUACAAUUUACGAGACGUUUGAAUUGGUAGAGAAGUUUUAUGACCCCACGUUUAGCAAACAGCUUGCUGUGGCGCAGUUACGAGGAGCAUUGGUGUAUGAGCUUGCAGACUCUCAGAUCAUUCCUUUCAAUGUUCAAGACUAUGCAAAAGCUUUGCAAACCUAUGCAACAAGUAUCUACAAUUUAGCUAAGAAACAUGACCAAGAACUGAGAGACCAUGGAGUAUCAUUUGAUGCCUUAUUUUCUGCUGUGAGAAACUUCUCAGAGGCUGCUUCAGAUUUUCACAGACGACUUGCAGGAGUUGAUCUUAAUAACCCCACUGCAGUGAGAAUCGUGAAUGACCAGCUGAUGCUCCUGGAAAGAGCAUUCAUCGAUCCCCUUGGCUUACCAGGGAGGCCGUUCUACAGGCACAUCAUCUUUGCUCCAAGCAGCCACAACAAAUAUGCUGGAGAGUCAUUUCCUGGCAUCUUUGAUGCUAUGUUUGAUAUUGAAAAUAAAGCAGACCCUCGUUCAGCCUGGGCAGAAGUGAAGAAACAGAUUUCUAUCGCAACCUUUACAAUUCAAGCAGCAGCGGGGACUCUGAAAGAAUUGUUAUAGUGAAGUGUCAGCCGAGUGGUCAUCCAUUAAAAAUGUCACUGAAAGUCUGAGGGUAAAAUCCAUCUUUAUUUUUGAUAACUCAUGAAGCCAGAGUAUGCAGAAAUCUUGCUUUUUAUGUCAUGUUUUGAUUUUAGACUUCCACCUUGUUCAUCUGCAGACAGAUUUUUGGCUUUUAAAAAUCUGUAACUUCAUCAUCAAAGUGCUAAUCUAAUAAAACAAAGCAAAAAGACUUCAACCAUGUGGUAGAAAGAGAGAAAGUAACUGAAAAUUCCCUAAAAUAAAUGCGGCAAGGAACUUGAGCUCUCAGACUUGGCUGGUAGGAAUGUAACACAGUUCAGUCACUUUGGAAAACAGUCGGUCAGGUUCUUAUAAAAUUUAAUGUAACUCCAACAUUCUACUUCUAGGUAAUUUCUAAAGAGAAGAAAAAACGUGGUCACCGAAAGACUGUUACAUGUAUGUUCAUAGCAGCUUCAAGUGGAAAUAACACAGAUGCCCAUCAACAGAUGAAUGGAUAGAUUGUGGUCUGGCCACAGUGGAAUACCACUGAGCCAUAAAAAUGAAGUAAUUGCCAAUACGUGUAAUCUCACUGGCAGACGUUGUUGAGGGAAAGAAGCCAGACACAAAAGAAAGCCUAGUGUGUGAUUCUGUUUAUAUGAAGCAAAGCUAAUCUGUGACCGAAGUUAGAACAGUGAUUGCCUGGGUCCAGUAAGGGGCAGGGAGAGGUCUGCGGCUAAACAGGCGUAAGUAAGCUUUCUGGGAAGAUGGGAGUCUUCUGCAUCUUGAUCUGGGUGAUAAAUACAUAGGUAUAUACAUUUGUCAUCCUAAUCAAACUGAAACUUAAAAUAUGUAAAAAUUAUACCAUAAUAAAUUUGAUUACCAAAAAAAGGGGGGGGGUCUGGCAAGGAAACUGGAAUAGCACACCUCUUGUGAAACCACUGUGGAAUACAAAUGGUAAGGAAAAAGUGAACCCUGUACUUUCGGAAACGUCAGCUGUAUUGAAUAGUCUAAGUGAUGGGUGAAGAAAAUACAGUUGACCCCUGAAGAACAUGGGUGUUAGGGGCACUCUGUGCAGUUGAAAGCCUGUGUAACUUUAUAGCUGGCCCUCCAUACGCUUGGUUCUGCAUCCACGGAUUCAGCCAACCAUGGAUCAUGUACUCCUGUAGUACACAGUGAAAAAAAAAUCGGCGUGUAACGGGACCCAUGCAGUUCAAACCUGUGUUGUUCACGAGUCCACUGUUGCCACAAACCUUCGUACUGAUUCCUACUGAGUAGAAAAGUGUAUCAGCAGGUGCAAACUUUCAUGCAGAGCCUAAGACUCAGAAUUAUGGGUAAAAUAAGAUGGAAGCUUCAAAAAGCACGGUUGUUCAAUUAAAGAGUUGAGAAUCAAAAAUUAAUAAGAUGUGGCAGCUCAAAAUUUGCAAGGGGAAACUACCCCUUGUUACCUGUGUUCGCUGACCAACAAUACAGUUUAAUAAAAGAGUGGGAGUGUCUACCCUGGGGACAAACAUUUCCUAUAUGUUCAAUAUUAAUAGGUGGUGAUUCCCCAUGGUAUAUAAGUGGCCUUGACAGCAAUGACCCUGAGUCAGCAGGGUAAGUUUUAAUAUAAUCUAUUUGUUUAACUUAAAGAGGCAAGAGUAUUCUGCUUUAAAGAGCAAUAAAAUGUUAUUUAUGAAGUAUAAAUUCAUAAAGCAUAUGAAAUGAGACUUUUGUAAAAUAAUUUAUUUUAGCAAAUGUAAAGACUUAACUUUAUUACUGUAUUACCUUAGCGUACACUUUAUUUAGGGUAGAGCACUGUGUUGUAGAGAGAAAUACUAAGUUACGGUGCAUGAGUCACACUUUUCUACUGUUCCAGCUGAGGAAAUCCCUACAUGUUUGGGGGCAUCCUUUUCCUCAUGAGUAAUGAUUGUUAAGUUUCCCUCCAAUUCUAUUAUUUCAUUUCUAAAGGAGAUGAAACAAAAGUUUAUGAAUCUCUUUUACGUUCUUCCCAGUGGCAGCCUUCCGAAGAGAUGUGUAGCUAAAACGGCAUGUGUGGGUUGGAAAUACGAGUCUGGAGAAAAAUAGUAACCUUUGCAACUUACUGUUUAAUUGGUAAUUUUAAAAAAAUUAUCUUUGAUCAAGAGUUGAUCAUGAGAAUAGAACAAGUGAUUAUGUGUCAUGCAGUGUAAUAAACUCAGAGAAUAUGUACUACCACACAGAA